GAAAUGCUUACUACGUUUUACGAAGGAUUCAUAGUUUUGUCGAACAGUGCCGAGGGGCGUGUCUCUGUCUGUUCCAUCGCAGAUGUCCAUGACCAGAAACCAACACCUUCUUUGCUUGGUGCUCUCGUGCCGCAAGAUCACCGCUCAGGUCACCGACUCCGCCACCUCCUCCAUCGUCGCCAUGGCCUCCUCCUCCGAGCAGGAGUUCCUCGCCCAUAACCGCGCCAAGCUCGCCCGCUUCCCCCGGACCCGCCACGGCGUCUGGGACGCCAAGGUCGCCUCCCGCGUCGGCGAGAAGCUGGGCUUCCGGCUGAUCGAAAUCGGGGUCAGCAGCGUCGAGAUCGACCUCGACGAGGAGCUCGCGCGGCCGAUUCGGCACCGCCAGAUGGUGCGGCCGCUGUUUGAUUCGGUGCGCCGCGCCGGGGUCUCCGUCGGCGGAGCCGACAAAUUAGGAGGGAUUGGGUUCGCGAGCCGUCAAUCGGGCGUCGUGUGAGUGUAGAAAUGGUUGCUGCUUAUUGAUUCAUCGAAGAGAAGAUGGCUUCGAUUGAUAAGCCGUUCGCCUGCUUGUUGCAGGUGAGUUGCAACUGAAACCGGUGAACAAGUUAAAUAUGUAGCGGCAAAAUUGACCAUCAUUUGUUAUUCCUUUUGCGAUGGAAGAAUAAUGAAGACGAUAGAUUCU